GUCGCAACACCGAGUAAAUUAAUUCCACUCUGUCGCAAUUCGCAAUAAUCCUCACAGCGAUAACAAGGCGAGGAGUUGUUCCAACACCUUUUUAGAGUACGUCGUCUUGAAGAGAUCCAGCUUGAAUUAAUCUCAACUUAAAAGACGCAAAAGGAAAGGCGAAAAGUAAGGAGCCCAGUUGGGCGCGCGCGCAAGAGCGCGUUGUUGUGUGCUUCUCUCUUUCUCUCACUCGCGGAAAGGUAGCCAUGACGUGGUCGCGCCGCUACUGUUGAGGCCAACAGAGAAGAGUGCGUGUGUGAAGCGCUCGGUUCUCGUGGUCGUGCUCACGACUUGACCUUUUGUUGGUCUCCCCGAUGUUGGUCUUAGUCCAGGAGCAGCAACACAAGCAACGAGCAGCGGGCAGCAGCAAGUAUCGCAGCAGAGCGGAAGAAUCGAGGAUUGUUAGAAAGGAAGAGGAAGAAGACGACGACGGCGGCGGCGGCGACGGCGACAUCGGGAAAUCAUCAUCAUCCGACAGGGACGACAACGACGACACCACCACCACUUAUCAUCAACCGACGAGACACCGGAGAAAGCUUCAAACCUGCCGUUUGAAGCUUUCGCGGUCGGAUUCAUGGAACUAUGAACCUGGACUCGUUGUCUUUUACUUUGUCACAAAUCAGUUACUUGGUCGACAGCCUCGCUAAGAAAAACUUUCGGGACAGCUGCCAGGAAAUAUCGCUUUUGGUUAGGUGGAAGGGACUGGAGGCAGACCGGCAUUUGUUGCGCUGUUUGUUCUCAUAUAUUGAUUUCUCAACUGGAGAACCACCUGAGGUCAAUUCCAAGGAUUAUUAUCAAGUACAACUUUUGAAACAAGAGUGUAAAAGCCUUCUGUGCAAACCAUCCCUUGUUUCUAAUCUGUGUUUUGCAAUUGAUUAUCCCUUUCACCACAAAAAUCGGGUAUUUCCAGCACCAGCAAAGUUUUUUCAACAUUUACGUAGAGUUCUAGGAUUAUCUCUUGUUCAAGAGGUCGUUUUUGCGAUAGCUCUUCACCAUUGCCAAGAUUCUGAUAUAUCCGCUCGUGCCGUUGAACACGUGCAAAAGCAAUUGACCGAGUUAAUAAAAAACUACGUGAACGCGGACAAUAAUAAGAAGCAAAUCGAGGAAGGACUCCACGAUUCCUCACCAGAGAUUUUACAUCUCAUUCUUACCUACGUCUUUGAAGAAUCGACGAAAGUUGAAUUCUCUUUGGAUUCCAAAGAGAAGUUUUUAAGUUGCUUGAGACGCGAUUUUCCCCGCGAACUGGUACCAGUGGUCUUGGCACCACUAUUGUAUCCAGGAGACGGGGAAAUUUUAUUGAAAGACAUUGACUUAAACAUGGCUGCUAAUCAAAUUGACAACUCUAACCUCGUAGAACUAAUAAUGGAAUUGGGAUAUGGUUUCACGAAUAGCGUAGAAGAUUGUCGUUCGAGUCUUUCGAACCUUGGCGCUCGCGAGUUAUCGGCAAGAUGUGUCGCCAAAAUCCUCUCCUACAUGGCGCGCACUUCCACUGGUCUCGAGGAUUCAGGUGGUUUACAUUCAUUCUGGGAAAAUUCCAACGCUCACCAAGAUAAGGAAAAGUCGUCGGAUGCUCCUACAACUUGGAAUGUCGAAGUUUUUGUACAGGCUGUGAAGGAAGUUGAUCCAAAUCUAUCGUGGAAUGAAGUGAUAGCAAAACUCGACCAUCCAGAUUUUCUUAUCAAAGAUCGGCAAGGUCUGAGUCUAUUGAUAACAGGUUUACGACUCGGUCUACAAACACAAGGCUAUCCACUAGAUAUGUUCCCAGUGGAGCUGUUUUAUCGCCACUGGGAGAACGUUAAAGGCCAGUUCUCGCUGAUACAGCACAUACUCAAGUAUCCAGACAUCUUUUGUCUUGCUGAUUAUGCAUAUCACACAGUCCCGGUCGACGUACUUAAAGCUGCACCCGAGGGUGACAGUAAAGAGACCCAAACAUGGAGAUCAGUAAACGUUGUCGAACUGUUAUUACACAUGGCCGAGAGAGGUUUGCGAGGGCCAGUACAAGAAAUAUUCAAAUGGCCGUUGCAACAUUGUCCGGAUUUACUUGUCCUAGCACUUCUGCAAAUUAGUCCACCAAUUACGAUACUCAGACAAGAGUUGCUGAGUGCUUUAAUGCCAAUGUUCCUCGGAAAUCAUCCGAACAGCGCUGUGAUUCUCCACCACGCGUGGCACUCCAACAAUAAAAUCAAGACUAUUAUCAUGCAUUCGAUGGCCGAAUGGUAUUUGCGCGGUGAUCACGACCAAACACGCUUAUCGCGAAUUUUGGAUGUUGCGCAAGAUCUCAAAGCCUUAUCGGCACUCCUCAAUGCCCAGUCAUUUCCCUUUGUGAUAGAUCUAGCUUGCUUAGCUUCGAGACGCGAGUACCUGAAAUUGGAAAAGUGGCUAACUGAUAAGAUUCGUGAUCAUGGUGAAGCAUUUGUUGCCGCUUGCGUUAAAUUUUUACAAAGAAGAUGUCCACAGGUGAUUGGACCUGGAAUGAAGGACGAUCCUAAUGUGUCCAAGGCUACUCAGUUGCCUCAAGAAACUCUCACUACCAUUUUGCACUGCCUACAAGUCUGUGUUGGGAGUGUUUCUCAAGAAUGCGCAGACGCUAUAUUAGCUAUGGUACAAAAUUGUAGUUUGAUGUUGAGCAAAGGAACUAUAAAUAGAAUGCCACCGACAGUCCUUAGACACAGAGCGCUCGAAACCUUUAAUCCAACUCUUGGUGGACAGUUAUUCACACCAAAGCAAGUGGACAAUAUAACCAACUUAAAUUCAAGUCUAGCCUCGAUGAAUCUGAAUUCGAAUCUAGGCCCGCCAAACAAUUCAGCUUUCAAUCUGCCAGGCACAUUAGGCCCUUUAGUAUCUGCACCAGGUUCACCCUCGCGUCUAAUGGGACCUUCGGCAUCACCAUUUUCUAUGCUGCCAUUAUCAUCGCAGCUGCAUACUGGCCCAGUGGGCACUCAGGGUUCGUCUGUGAUUUCCGGUGGUGCAGCCAUAGGUGGCUUGAGUCGUCUAGGACCCCCAUCGACUAUGGAGAAGACACGUAUGCCCGAGAUUUCCAAUUUGUUGUUGGACAUCAGUGCGAAUGUCUCAAAAGAAAUCGAAGACGAAGCCAAUGGAUAUUUCCAGAGAAUUUACAAUCAUCCACCACAUCCAACUUUGUCUAUCGACGAGGUGCUUGAGAUGCUGAAGAAGUUUGACGAAUCCAAUAAUAAGAGGGAACGCGACGUGUUUCAAUGCAUGUUGCGUAACCUCUUUGAGGAGUACAGAUUCUUUCCUCAAUACCCAGAUAAAGAACUGCAUACCACAGCUCAGCUGUUCGGCGGAAUAAUCGACCGAGGUUUGGUCAACAGUUAUAUGUCUCUCGGUCUCGCCUUACGUUUCGUCUUGGAUGCUUUACGCAAACCCGAGGGCCACAAAAUGUAUUAUUUCGGCUUAGCCGCACUUGAUCGUUUCAAGUCUCGCCUCAAAGAAUACAGCACUUAUUGCGAGCAUGUGCGUGGCAUACCUCAUUUCAAUGAGUUUCCACCUCACUUAAUCGAAUACGUGGAGUAUGGAUUGCAAGGAAAAGAGCCGCCAAAUCGACCGCAAGGUCCAGUUUUGCCAAAGUCGCUCUUGUUGAUGCUUACUUCGACAACGGCGCCAUACAAGACUGUCACAACAACCACUGUAACCACUACUACUACUCCAGCGAAACCUACCACUACACCAACCACUUCGCUGUCGGCUAGACCAUCAAUUGCCAAUGCUACGAAUAUCGAUACUUUAUUGGUAGCAACUGACAAGGAAGAAAAGAUCAGUUCACCACCUGAGACUUUGCAAGAUAAGACUGCAUUUAUUUUCAACAAUUUGAGUCAACUCAAUCUACAGCAGAAAUGCGAUGAAAUCAAGGAACUUGUCUCGGAAGAAUACUGGCCUUGGAUGGCUCAGUAUUUGGUCAUGAAGAGGGCAAGUAUCGAACUCAAUUUUCACGUGCUGUACUCCAACUUUUUGGAUUGUCUCAAGGUUCCAGAUGUCAAUAAAAUGGUCACGAGAGAGACUUUCAGAAACAUCCGAGUACUGCUACGUAGCGACAAGGGUAUAGCCAACUUUUCUGAUCGUUCUCUAUUGAAGAAUCUUGGUCACUGGCUCGGCAUGCUGACACUUGGCAGAAACAAACCAAUUUUACAAGUGGAUAUCGACUUAAAAAGCUUACUUGUUGAGGCAUACUGUAAAGGUCAGCAAGAGCUGUUAUACGUGGUGCCGUUUGUUGCCAAAGUACUUGAAAGCUGUGCUAAAAGCCGAGUUUUUCGACCACCAAAUCCUUGGACCAUGGCGAUAAUGAAUGUAUUGGCAGAACUUCAUCAAGAGCCAGAUCUCAAGUUAAAUCUCAAAUUUGAAAUCGAGGUGCUCUGCAAAAACUUGAAUAUUGAUGUGUCCGAACUUAAACCUGCUAUAUAUCUGAAAGAUCCAGAAAAGAUACUACAUAUUGAGUAUCAGUUAUCCCAACCUAACAAGAAAAUUCAAGACGUAGCAAACAAUGCGGCUAAUCAACAACAUCAUCAAGAACAACAGCAGGUACAACCGGAGAAUUUGAUUGGCCCAUCUCCUGCUGUAGUACAGCAACAACAACAGCAGCAGCAGCAACAACAACAACAACAACAGCAACAGCAACAACAGCAGCAGCAGCAACAACAACAGCAACAGCAGCAACAACAGCAACAGCUAGUACCAGUCGCUAACACAACGCCAUCACUGCCGACUGGACCACCUGAACCUCGAUUCAGCUAUAUGGAUAUCAAUAUUACUGCUAUUUCCAAUAUCGCUCCACAUAUCUCUAUCAACAACAAUCUGGCUCUAUUCCAGGUUCAACCACACUUGAAGCAAUUUGUGCGUCAAGCCAUUGAGCGAGCAAUCCAAGAAUGGAUCCACCCAGUGGUUGACCGUUCAAUCAAGAUCGCUUUAACCACCACGGACCAAAUUGUAAAGAAGGACUUCGCCCUCGAUCCAGAUGAAAAUAAGAUGCGCACAGCAGCUCGUCAGAUGGUGCGCAACUUAACCGCCGGUAUGGCAAUGAUAACUUGCCGUGACCAAAUGCUCGCUGCGAUCAGUACGAACCUGAAGGAGGCCUUCUUGAUGCCUGUAAUCAGUACUGCGCCCCAACAAAAAGAGCUUGCCGAACAAGCUGCUAAUAUCAUCGCGGCUGACAACAUGGAACUCGUUUGCGCUUUUGUGCAGAAAACUGCGAUCGAGAAGGCUAUUCCAGAAAUAGAUAAGAGAUUAUUAAAUGAAAUUGAACUAAGGAAAAUUGCUAGACAAGAAGGCAGACGUUACUGUGAUCCUUUAGCCAAAUAUCAGGCUGAACGUAUGCCGGAACCUAUAAGGCUCAAAGUCGGUGGAGUGACACCUCAGCAAAUGACAGUUUACGAAGAGUUUGCCCGCAACAUCCCAGGCUUCCUGCCGUUAUCAGAGCGUGAGACUCAAACUCUCUUCAUGCCGAAAACCAUAACCGAUCGACCAAUUCAAACAUUCGCUGCCAACGCACAAGCAGCAAUGCCCGUACCACCGACAGUACAACAAGUCGCCGCUUACGCUCCUGUAGGUACCGAUGAAGUUGGUACCAUUUUGGAAAAACUUGGUCAAGAAGUUGAAGUUCUUCUUGCUACCAUGGGCCCAGCGACACCACCACCUCAACAGGCAGCUCUUCAUAACUUGCUCGAAGCGGUAAUUUUAACAAGAAGAUCACGCGAUGGUAAUGUCGCUCUACAGCUAUUAAAAAAAGCCGUGGAUGGCUUAUUAGAUGGACCAACAAUAUCGAGUGGUAUCAUGGAUUCAGAGAUUCUCAUGCGGUACAGAGAAGUUUAUCUUAGAAUACUUAAGUGCUUGCAAGAUCAGAGAGCUUAUGGCAUGGCCUGGGUUAGCAAAAACGUUAGCCGAUGUGUCAUCGAGAACAGGGACGAAUUCAAGUACAAUUUUGAGGCUAUCGAUUGUCUUAUUAGGUCUCAUCUGUUGACUCUUCAAAACUACGAUGUUGCAUUAGCCACGGCUAUUGAAAAUGGAAGCGCAAUUGCAACAGCUUUUGCAAUGCAGCUAGUGCAAUUGUAUUUGAUCGAUGAAAGACAAACUACUCAUGUAAACGAAAAUGAUCUUUACCACACUGUUGAGGUACUCACUAGAAUGGCUGUUCAUAGAGCUACGCCUGAAGGAAUAUCACUGUUUCGUUUGAAUUCAUUGUUGGAGUCACUGCGGAUAAACAAUGACCCUACUGUUCUCAGUGAUAGAGCACCUGUUGGUCCGACAUCUCAUAUCCAUUCUGGCAUGCUUCAUGCUAGAACUCGCGAUUACGAAGACCCGCCAGGUUUAAUGGAGAAAACUGAGUAUCUCCUUCGUGAAUGGGUAAACAUGUAUCAUAACCCAACGCAUUCCCGUGAUCCAACCAAGGCCUUUGGCGUUUUUGUACAUCAAAUGAAUAUUCAUGGUAUCCUUAAAACAGACGACUUGAUAACGCGCUUCUUCAAGCUCAGCACUCAGAUGUGUGUCGAUCACUGUUAUCGUGCACUUGCUGAAACCAAUGCUGCUCCAUCCGUUAUCAGAGCCAAGUGUUUCCAUACUCUUGACGCUUUUGUGAGAUUGGUUGCAUUACUCGUCAAGCACUCUGGUGACACGGCCAACACUCAUACCAAGAUCAACUUGUUAAACAAACACCUCUUACUCAAUCCUUUCGUUUGGAAAAAGGUGUUGGGUAUUGUGGCCGGGGUACUGCUACAAGACCACGAGAUGCGUGGAGUUGACUUCCAACAGUUGCCCUAUCACCGUAUCUUCAUCAUGUUGUUCCUCGAGCUGUGCCAACCAGAAGCUGUUCUCGAGGCUCUCAAUUAUCAAGUACUCACUGCAUUUUGCCACACUUUCCACAUCUUGCGACCCGCCAAGGCACCUGGCUUCUGCUACGCGUGGCUCGAGCUUGUCUCGCACCGCGUCUUUAUUGGACGUAUGCUCGCCCUUAUGCCGCAACAGAGAUGCUGGGGAUUGUACGCGCAACUACUUGUCGAUCUGUUCAAAUAUUUAGCCCCCUAUCUUCGUAAUGCUGAGUUAGCAAAACCAGUAACACUCCUGUACAAAGGAACACUCAGAGUCUUGCUUGUCCUUCUGCACGACUUCCCUGAGUUUCUAUGCGACUACCAUUACGGCUUUUGCGAUGUCAUUCCGCCGAACUGCAUUCAAAUGCGCAACUUGAUUCUUAGCGCAUUCCCACGCAAUAUGCGUCUGCCUGAUCCAUUCACACCCAACCUGAAGGUCGAUAUGCUGGCUGAGAUUGGACUUGCACCGCGUGUCAUUACCAACUUUGCUACACAGAUACAGCCACAAAACUUUAAAAAAGAACUAGACUCGUAUCUAAAGGCUCGUGCUCCAGUUACCUUCCUCGGUGAUCUUAGAACUAACCUUCAGGUUUCACAGGAACCUGGUAUGCGCUACAACAUCCCAUUGAUGAACGCAUUGGUGCUUUACGUGGGUACUCAGGCGAUUGCUUUCAUUCGCAGCAAGGGUCAUGCACCAAAUAUGACUACAAUCGCGCACUCGGCUCACAUGGAUAUAUUCCAGAAUUUAGCGGUCGACUUAGAUACUGAGGGCCGCUACUUAUUCUUGAAUGCGAUUGCCAAUCAGUUGCGUUAUCCUAACAGCCAUACUCAUUACUUCAGUUGCACUCUGCUUUAUCUUUUCCAAGAGGCUAACACCGAGGCCAUACAAGAGCAGAUCACUCGUGUUCUAUUAGAGCGAUUGAUCGUCAAUAGACCGCAUCCAUGGGGACUUCUCAUUACCUUCAUCGAGCUUAUCAAGAAUCCAAGCUACAAGUUUUGGCAUCACGAGUUUGUUCACUGUGCUCCGGAAAUUGAGAAAUUAUUCGAAUCAGUAGCUCGUUCAUGUAUGGUCCAAAGACAAGUGCAACCAACUCCUGAACCAGAAAUUCCAGAGUGAUAAGACGUUUUUCUUCAAUGUCGAUUUUCUUGUACAGUAUAUUCAGUGAAAAUAAGUGUGUAAAAAGUUGUUGACUUAGGUGUACCAUACUUCGAAGUUUAACAUUUUUUCAAACAUAGCUGAUAAUCAUAUAAAUAUAUACAUAUAUACAUAUAAUUACUUUUAAGCAGUAGUAGUAAGUGAAGUAGAGAUAAUGCAACUAUUAUGUUGAUAUUUUAAUAUAAAUGGUGGAUUUUCGUUGCACAAGUGAAGUAAUAAAUAAGGUUUAUGAGACAAGCAACGAAGCUCUAUGAAGUCUCCUCAAUCGUGUCUUUCUGAAUGAUGUAUUCACCAGUAGGUGUGUUUAGUAUUGUAUUAUAUACUUUGUAGGAUAUAUACAAUAAAAUAAAAAUUAUGAAGAAAAUGUCAAAAAGUAUAUGUGAGAGACACAGUGGCAUUUCAUAGAAUGCAAUGAUAAAUAUUAAUGAUACUUUCUUCUGAUAAUUUUGAUCAGUUUAAGAUACGAAUAAUUAAAAAAAACAAGGUGUUGAGUGAAAUAGUUUGAAGUCUCACAUAAUGAUUUAUUUAAGCGAAAUAAGAAAAAUUUUGAUGCGCGUUUAAAAUGAACGCGAAAAGAAUGUCCAAGCGUAUGUUUCUUUAUUCUCAUGAAAAGUGGUACUUCAAUGUAAUAUUGUACAAAAAAGUGUUUGUUUUCGCUUGUAAAGGCACAAGGAAAAAAUCGAAAACGUUAUGUAAAGAUGUACGAAUGACAUUUAUUAAAUAAGAACAAAUUUCUAUAAAC